CAUUGACUAAAAUUGUAUCCUUUCCCCUAAUUUUUCUCUCACACUCGAAUGAUGGUAAUCCAUGCAUCACAGAGAGUCCGAGCAACAUCUUUCAAACGGGGAACAACACAACUUUGCAAUGAGGUAUUUUUUCAUUAAUUCUCCUUUUUCUGUGACUCUCUUCUUCACUCUCUCAUUUCUCACUCUUGCACUCUCUCUCAACACCACACAAGUCCAAGUCAUGAAGAACAUGUACUAUAAUUUGGGCCUUCCGUCGCACGGUGACCCAUGCCAAUGGCAUGGCGUAAGUUGCAGUGAAAAUGAGGGUAAUGAUGUUGUUGGACUCUACUUCUCUUCUUUCAAUAUGAAUAACAGUAUUUGGCAGUAUGUAUGUAAGCUGCCAGCCCUUCAACUUCUUGACCUCAUUAACAAUAGCUUACAAGGCCCAAUCCCUGUGUGCGUUGGCAGCUUGGCCAAUCUGCAAACCCUUGAUCUAAGCGACAAUCAACUAACAGGGGAAAUUACAGAGGCUCUAGGGUAUAUGAGUGAGCUUUACAGGUUGGACCUCUCAAACAACAAAUUAACAGGACAAAUUCCAGAGGCUCUAGGGAAUAUGAGUGAGCUUUACUGGUUGGACCUGUCAAACAACAAAUUAACAGGACAAAUUCCAGUAUCUGUAAAACACAUCCAUUAUGUGGACUUAUCAAACAACGAAUUAACAGGACAAAUUCCAGAGGCUCUAGGGAAUAUGAGCGAGCUUUACUGGUUGAACCUGUCAAACAACAAAUUAACAGGACAAAUUCCAGAGGCUCUAGGGAAUAUGAGUGAGCUUCAAUAUUUGGGCCUGUCAAACAACGAAUUAACAGGAAAAACCCAUUCCACAGUCCUAAUAAAAGUAUUGGGAGCAGUAGCUGUUGUUGUCGUUUUUCUAAUUUGUUUUCUAGUAUUCGGAGUUCUAUGGAUAAAGAACUUGCAUAAUAGAGAGGAGUUUAAACAAACAUUUCGCAAAAUCCUUCAAAAGGUGGAGCAUCCACGCAUCUCACAUGAGGACCUUCUUGCAGCAACCAAUAGAUUUCACAACUCCAAUCUACUAUCCACAAAUAGCUUUGGAUCAGUGUACAAGGGAUUUUUGGCUGAUGGUACUCGUGUUGCCGUUAAGGUUCUCAAUUUAAUGCAUGAGCAAUCGCACAAGAUUUUCAGAGCAGAAUGUAAAGUGUUGCAGAAGGCUCGACACCGAAAUCUUGCUAGAAUCAUAACCACAUGUUCUACCAUUCACAUCAAAGCUUUAAUCUUUGAGUAUUUUUCUAAUGGAAGCUUGGAGAAGUAUUUGUAUCAAAGCAGUUGUAGAAUGGGAUUGAGAACACUGCUGAACAUAGCUAUAGAUGUAGCCCAUGCUGUGGAAUAUCUUCACUAUGAUUGCUUCGUGCAGAUAGUGCAUUGUGACAUAAAACCAAGCAAUGUUCUUUUAGAUGAAAGCAUGACAGCUCAUCUUUCAGAUUUUGGAAUAUCCAGAUUAAUGGGAAGAAUCACGGCCAAUUCAGUAACUUCAACAAUAGAUUUAAAAGGCUCAGUGGGCUACAUCGCACCAGAAUAUGGAUUGAAUGGCAUGAUGUCUCCUCGGGGAGAUGUUUUUAGCUAUGGUAUUUUGUUAUUGGAAAUGCUGACAAGGAGGCGGCCAACUGAUGAUAUGUUUGAUGGUGAUCUGAGCCUGCAUAGCUGGGUGAAAAGGGCAUUUCCAGAGAGGGUUGCUGAGGUAGUUGAUACAAGCUUGUUAAUGGAAGGGGCUAGCAAAGAAACGGAAGAAUGUCUGAUUUCAUUGAUGCGUCUUGGUUUGCUGUGUUCAAGUGAUUCCCCUGAAGCUCGGCCCACUAUGAGAGAUGUGUCCAGUCUAUUGAAGAACAUUCAACAGGAUUUCAACCCAGACACUUCUUCUUCCAUUAAAUUAAAGCCCACCAUAUCCAAUUUAGUUUGUGACAGAGGUGCAAUAACUAUUUGUGAGGAGGCAUCAGAUACCCAAAGCUCCACAUUUUAGUAGGCUUGAUAUCAGUUGUAAUAGUGCUAUUGUCAUAGUGUUGUUCCCCCUGCUGUUCUCUGUUAUGUUUGGUUCUAUUGUUUCUGUUUGGCUCGUUUAUGAACUUUGUUAUAAUCCCUGUCUUAUGAAUUCCUCAAUAUAAUUCAAGACUCUCCUUUUUUCCUGA